AUGUAUAGCAAAAACAAAUGUGUUCAAUUAUAUCUAGGAAGGAAUACUAACCUUAAGACUGGUGAUCAGUGCAAGAUUGUUAACUGUGAUGUCAUUAUAGUAGGCUUUCAACUCGCUGAAGGCUUGCUGGUGAUUGUUUACCAGAUGUUGGAUCUGCUGGUUCUUUCGUUCCUCCACCUUGAAACAAAUAGGUUUCGAUCUGACCGUGUGUUCUGUACCAGACAGUUGGAGGAAGUGUUGAAGACUGCAGGCUGGCCUGUAGUCAGCAGCACUGUACUCACUACACCACCACCAGAUUGUAUGAACCGGUUCCAGCUCAUAGUCAAACAUCUGCUCGAAAUCCAGCUUCCUCCAGAGUUGACUACUCCAGCUGUUACUUCCUCACUGUUGGGGAACUUUCCCCCACUCUCCCUCCCAGUCACGUUGAUGUUGAAACCUCUACGAAAACGUUUCAUUUAUCAUUUCUGCGGCAACAAGAAGACAAACCAACCAGAAAGGCCAGAGUGGUUCAUGACGCAGGUCCUGACCUGGAUAAGGGACCACGAACAUUUCAUGACCCAAUGGGUGCAGCCCGUGUUCAACCAGAGUAGAAGAACUAAAAUGUCAGCCAAGUUGGAGCUGACCCAAGGUCUGGUGGAGCUGGUGGUAGACAAGCUACACAGUGACAUGCCAUCACUCAUGAACAAGGACGAACACUUCUCCCACAUGGUCGACGAGACACUGGGCUUCGACAAGGAGCUGAAGGAGGUCGCCGGAUAUCCGGAGUCCUUGCCCAGUGCCGUUACAGUUCUCACACAGGCGCAGGUCUUCGUCAAGUGGAUACACAUGGAGCAUAAAUAUGCAAGAGACAAGAUGGACAACAUCCUCAGCAGCGGGACUGCAUGGUCUGAGCUGACAGGCAGUGAUGAACUGAAGAUCACUGAGGCCGCUGAGGCCUUUUUAAACCUGUUGUCCACUAUGACAGAACGGUACAGCAUCCUGCCUCAGCCUGGUCACAGGAUGCAGUUUGUUGAUCUCCAGUUGGAAUUGAUUGACGAGCUGAGGUUGAGGUUAUCACAGCUGCUAAACUUAGAGAGACAAGAUCCCCUGGACUCGCAGUUACCAGCCAUACUGAACACUGCCUCCUACAUCUGCACAGUCCUAGCAGAGUGGGGCACUAAGCCGCACUAUUUGAUGCUGCAGCACUACAAGACUCAGGUGCAAUCUGUGGGAGGUGAAUUGUCAGCUAUGGAAGCUGCUUCUCUUAGGCAAGGUACAGUGUUCGACCACGCCCUGACACUACUGCAACACCUGGUACAGAAGCUGGUAGACGAUCUGUGCGAGGCGGUCAUGCUGGAGGUCAAGGCUAGGAGCCGUCCUUACCGCAGAGACAAAUGGUUCGCGAUGACAUGUGAGAACAGUCUGACACCCAGUGCCUGCCCCAUGUUCCAAGUGCUGGGCGCCAAACUGCACUCCCUUCAGUCUUUACUGUCCUCAUCUCUCUUCUCUAAAGCGUGGCAAUCAGUGGCCACCCAACUUUGCAUGUUUUUGCUAGAAGAACUAGUUCUACAAAAUAGGUUCAAUGAGGGGGGAGCAAAGCAGCUGGAGCAGGAUCUGACCAGAAGUCUCAUCCCUCUGUUUCAUCAGUACACUCACCGGCCCGAAGCUUACUUUCUUCCGCUGAAGGAGGCUUGCGCUCUGUUGAAUGUCCGGCCACUACCCGCAGACUGGGCGAGAGGCAAGUACGACAAAUUACCAUUUGAGAUACACCACCUCAGCCCAGAGAUGAUUCAUGAUGUCAUACAGAAACGAGCAGAUAUAAUUCCUGAUCUCAUAUAACGCAUUGUCUUUUCAUAAUAUAUUCUGUUUUGAAAAAAAUGUUUUUUGUUCCCUUCCUGUGAUAUACUGAUUAUAAUUUAAGAUGAAAAUAAAUUUGUAAUAAACAUAUAGACAUAUAAUAAAAAGUAUCAUUGGGA